CGCGCAGGGCCGCUCCACUGCGCGCCUAAGCGGCGGGCGUUGAAAUGCAGCGGGACUUGUUGAGUUUCCCUCUGUCCCCAGCGGUGCGUGUGAAGCUGGUGUCUGCGGGUUUCCAGACUGCUGAGGAGCUCCUCGAGGUGAAACCCUCCGAGCUCAGCAAAGAAGUCGGGAUAUCUAAAGAGGAAGCCUUAGAAACUCUGCAAAUUAUAAGAAGAGAAUGUGUCACAAAUAAAACAAGAUAUGUUGGUACAGCUGAGUCAGGCAAGAAGUGUACAGCACUGGAACUUCUUGAGCAGGAGCAUACCCAGAACUUCAUAAUUACCUUCUGUUCAGCUCUAGAUGAUAUUCUUGGGGGUGGAAUACCCUUAACCAAAACAACAGAAAUUUGUGGUGCACCAGGUGUUGGAAAGACACAAUUAUGUAUGCAGUUGGCAGUAGAUGUACAGAUACCAGAAUGUUUUGGAGGAGUGGAAGGUGAAGCGGUUUUUAUUGAUACAGAGGGAAGUUUUAUGGUUGAGAGAGUGGUAGACCUUGCUACUGCCUGCAUUCAGCACCUUCAUCUUAUAGCAGAAACUCAUAAUGGAGAGGAGUACACAAAAGCUUUGGAGGAUUUCACUCUUGAAAAUAUUCUUUCCCAUAUUUAUUAUUUUCGUUGUCGUGACUACACAGAGCUACUGGCCCAAGUUUACCUCCUUACUGACUUCCUUUCAGAACAUUCAAAGGUUCGAUUAGUGAUAGUGGAUGGUAUUGCUUUUCCUUUUCGACAUGACCUAGAUGAUCUAUCCCUUCGUACUCGAUUACUAAAUGGCUUAGCCCAGCAAAUGAUCAGCCUUGCAAAUAAUCACAGAUUAGCUGUAAUUUUAACCAAUCAGAUGACAACAAAGAUUGAUAGAAAUCAGGCCUUGCUGGUUCCUGCAUUGGGGGAAAGUUGGGGACAUGCUGCUACAAUACGGCUCAUCUUUCAUUGGGACCAAAAACAAAGGUUGGCAACAUUGUACAAAUCACCAAGCCAGAAGGAGUCUACAAUACUGUUUCAAAUCACACCUCAGGGAUUUAGAGAUGCUGUUGUUGCUACGGCAUGUUCAUCACAAGCACAAGGUUCCUUGAAUUCCCGGAAGCGGUCACGAGACUCAGAAGAACAGGAACCCAACGACUAGUGUCAAAGUGUACAUAUGUGAUGGUGUUGUGAGUUGUAAUGUAUACAAAUAGUAAGUGCAUUAUUUAAAAUAUAGGCACACAGUGUGGCAUGUAUGAAUCUGAAUCGAUAAAGUGAUUGGGUAAAAUAAUAUGAUUCUGUGAAAAAGUUUUAUAAAGCAGUGUUCUGCAGUUAUGUUUUGCUAUGUUUUCAUUUUUAGUGGCGCCCAGUAGAGAUGGACACAGGUAUUAUGUUAUGCAAAUCUGGAAACCUUGAUCUCAUUUUACCAAUUUAGAUUUACCAUUAUAACAUUCUGCUUUAAGUAACUAUAGAUUCAUGACUA